AUGUGUGAACGAGGAAGAAUGUUCAAUGGCUGAUUCGAAGCAGCAGCUGCAACAACAACAACAACCACCACAACCACAACAACCACAACAACAACAACACUGCAUCAACAUCGUCACGAUCACCGCUGAGUAACCGGCACGGCGUGCGGCCACCGUCAUGUCGGACGGCACGGCGGACAGUCCCUCGGGGCUCCAGCGCAAGAAGCCGGCGGGGCUCACCAUCAACAUCCCUCCCCGCGUGGACGACGUGACCGACUCCACGCCGUUGCAGGGGUCAUCGGGGCUGUACCACCGGAGCGUGAGCGUACCGACCGGACCGGGAGGACCCUUAUCCCCGCCGGAGCCAUCGCGCCCACGCCAUGGCCCCUUCCAGAGACAGGCCUCCUUGGCUCAGUCCAUCCGAAGGGGGACGGCUGUGUGGUUCGGGGUGGACAAGGAGGGCGGCCCUGUGUCGCGCCAGCAGCGAUGGCACCAGCGGAGCCUCCGCCACUGCAGCCAACGCUACGGACGCCUCAAGCCGGAGGUGCUGCGCGACCUGGAGCAGCCGAGCGGCAGCGAGCUGGGCUCCUUUGGCGGCAUGGAAGUUCCCGCGCAGCAGAUGCAGCGCAUGCACAGGGUGGUGGACCCGCUGGCGCGAGGCCGUCAGUUCCGAGCGCCGGACGCGGAGUCGGAGGGCCUGCACGUGCCGUUCACCCCGCGCACCCCGCUGUCGCCCCGCACGCCGGGAGGCAUUUCCCACGCCUCCUUCACCAGCUCGCGCUCCGCCAUCGGCCGCAUGCCCACGCGGCGCAAGCGCGAGUCCGUCGCCAAGAUGAGCUUCAGGGCUGCGGCGCUGCUCGUGCGGGGCCGCUCGCUGAGGGAGGCCAACCUCCUGCGGCCCCAGCUUGGCCGCCAAAGCUUCCCCAAGGCGAGCUUUGCCGAAGACGACACGGCCGACGAAGACCCAGACACCUCCUUCUUUAGCAAGUACGGCGCGUUUUACGAGGACGUCACCCUGCCAGACGAGGUGUUCGAGUCUCCGCCCGACUCGGCCGUUCCCCAGGGGGCUCCCGCGGGUGCCCUCCCCAGCGCAGACGCGGCCAAGCAGGCGGUCAAGCCGCCCGUCCUGCCCAUGGCUGUGGGCUGGCGUAAGGAAACUCCGGGCGGAAAAAGUUUUACAAAACUUGGCGUCGGCGACCCUUCUCACCGCUUGCAGCAAGAUGUUGUACCGGGCCUCGCUUUCCAGGCGAAACGCGGCCACAAGCUGGACCCGAAGCUGCGCCGCCUGGUGCAGCGCAGCGCCAAGCGCAAGUACGGCCUGGGCGUCGUGGGAAAAUGGCUCAACCGCAAGUACCGCACCCGGCGGCUGGACAGCUACGUGCAGCGCCAGAUCGACGACAUGGUUGACCACCGGCCGUAUUUCACCUACUGGCUGACGUCCGUGCACGUGCUCAUCACGCUGCUCUCCGUGUGCAUCUACGGCAUCGCCCCCAUCGGCUUCGCGCAGCACGAGGAGCAGGAGAGCGUGUUGAGGAACAAGGGCGUGUACGAGAUCGUCAAGUACGUGCAGCAGGAGAACUUCUGGAUCGGCCCCAGCUCGGACGAUCUCAUCCACCUGGGCGCCAAGUUCUCCCCGUGCAUGCGGAGAGACGCUCAGGUGAGCGCUCGCAUCGCCCAGGAGCGCAGCCGCGAGAACGUCACCGGCUGCUGCGUCCGCAACGACGGCUCGGGCUGCGUGCAGAUGGUGCGAGAAGACUGCUCGGAGACGCUUUCCACGUGGAUCAAGUGGCCCAGGUACAACCCUCCGGCGCUGCAGGGAAGCCCCCGCACGUCCGGCGCCGUGUGUGGACAGCAACCAGAACUGUGUGAGGAACCAGCCUCGACUCCACCGCACGAAUGGCCUGAUGACAUCACCAAGUGGCCUAUCUGCACUAAGAAGUCGGGCGCGAACAGGACAAGCGUCACGCACAUGGACUGCACGGUGACCGGCCACCCUUGCUGCAUCGGAACCAAGGGCAGCUGUGAGAUCACAUCGCGCGAGUACUGCGUUUUCAUGCAUGGACAUUUCCACGAAUCGGCGACGCUCUGCUCCCAGGUGCACUGCAUGGAUGAUGUGUGUGGCCUCCUGCCCUUCCUCAACCCCGAGGUCCCAGACCAGUUCUACAGACUCUGGCUGUCGCUCUUCCUGCACGCCGGGGUGCUGCACUGUUUGGUGUCGGCGGUCUUCCAGAUGACGGUGAUGCGUGACCUGGAGAAGCUGGGCGGCUGGGCGCGCAUCGCCAUUAUCUACCUGCUCAGCGGCAUCACCGGCAACCUCGCCUCGGCCGUCUUCGUGCCGUACCGAGCCGAGGUGGGUCCAGCCGGUGCCCAGUUCGGCCUGCUGGCGUGCCUCUUCGUGGAGUUGCUGCAGAGCUGGCAGCUGUUGGCGAGUCCCGGUUGGGCGCUGGCGAAGCUGCUCGCCAUCCUCGUCAUCCUGCUGGCGUUCGGCCUGCUGCCGUGGAUCGACAACUUUGCGCAGAUGUCCGGCUUCGUGGCGGGCCUGCUGCUGUCCUUCACCUUCCUGCCGUACAUAGCGUUCGGGCGCGCCGACCGCUACCGCAAGCGCGUGCAGAUCAUCGGCUCUGCGCUCGCUUUCGCCGGCCUCUUCGCAGGCCUGAUCCUCGCCUUCUACAUCUACCCCAUAAACUGCACCUGGUGCGAAUACCUCACCUGCAUCCCCUUCACCGACGAGUUCUGCGAGAAGUACGAACUGGAAGGGCACAUCCACUAGG